AUGCCGACUCAUUUCUCAGAAGACCCCCCGCAGGUCAUCAACCAUGAUGAUCUGCACGUCGCAAACUCGCGUCUGCAGCAGAACCUCGACGGCUCCACUGACCACGAGCACAGCAGUGAUGAGCGCACCCACCGCCCCAGCAACAUCAGUAACGGUAACGGCGCUGGCUUGGAGAAGCUGGGUACCUACGACAAGUACGAAAUCACAGAGGACGACUGCUACGAUGAGCUGGGCUACUCGUACUCCAAGUGGAAGAAGUGGUACAUCCUCACCGUCGUCUUCUGGGUGCAGGUCUCCAUGAACUUCAACACCUCGCUCUACUCCAAUGCCAUCCCUGGUAUUUCAGAGGAGUUCAAUGUUAGUGCCCAGGCUGCGCGCUGUGGUGCUAUGAUCUUUCUCGUUCUAUACGCUUUUGGCUGUGAGCUCUGGGCCCCUUGGUCGGAGGAGUUUGGUCGCUGGCCUAUCAUGCAGGCUUCUCUGCUCCUCGUCAACAUCUGGCAAUUGCCUGUUGCUCUGGCACCUAACUUUGCUACCAUCAUGGUCGGUCGUGCCCUCGGCGGUUUGUCAUCGGCUGGUGGUUCUGUCACACUCGGUAUGAUCGCCGAUAUGUGGGAGUCAGACAACCAGCAAUACGCCGUCGCCUACGUCGUUUUCUCUUCUGUCGGCGGUUCCGUUCUGGGCCCCAUCGUCGGCGGUUUCACCGAACAAUACCUCAACUGGCGCUGGUCCAUUUGGAUCCAGCUUAUCCUCGGUGGCUUCAUCCAGAUCGUCCACUUCCUGACUGUGCCCGAGACGCGAAGCACCAUUCUCAUGAACCGCAUCGCCAAGAAGCGCAGACAGGAAACAAACGCCAACGUCUGGGGUCCCGAUGAGCUUGUUCCCUUCCGAGAGCGUUUCUCCGCCAAGGAGAUCCUCAUCACAUGGACUCGCCCCUUCAAGAUGUUCCUCACCGAGCCCAUCGUGCUGGUCCUGUCUCUUCUUUCCGGUUUCUCUGACGCUCUGAUUUUCAUGUUCAUCCAAUCUUUUGCCCUGGUCUACGGCCAGUGGGACUUUGACGCUGUUCAGAUUGGCCUUACCUUCUGCGCCAUUGGUAUCGGAUAUCUUUUGGCUUGGUUGAUGUUCAUCCCUGCCAUCAAGAAGAACAUCAAGGAGCGUAGGGAUAACCCUGAUGAUGAGCGUGCUCAAUACGAGUCGCGUCUAUGGUUCUUGCUCUACCUUGCGCCUUGCUUACCAAUUGGUCUCAUCGGAUUUGCGUGGACUAUCCAAGGCCCUCCUAUGCACUGGAUUGGUUCGAUGAUUUUCGCUGCCAUUGUUGGUAUCGCCAACUACGCUAUUUACAUGGCCACUAUUGACUACAUGAUCUGUGCCUAUGGCCCCUACUCCGCUUCCGCAACUGGAGGCAACGGCUGGGCUCGAGAUUUCCUCGCUGGUGUCCUCACCGUCCCCGCAACACCAUUCUUCUCCAACAUCGGCGCCUCUUCAGGCAAGAACCUAGAAUACGCCUCAACCAUUCUCUUCUGCAUUUCUUUCGUUCUCGUCGUCGCCGUCUACGUCAUAUACUGGAAGGGCCCCGCCCUGCGAGCUCGAUCACCCUUCGCUCAGCGUCUGGCCGGAGAGCGACAGGAGAACGUCCAACAAGGACGUCGUGGCAGUGUUGCCUACGAUGCUCGUCGCAGGAGCUCAGCUACUGGAGAAGCUGACGUUGAACGUCCACCGGUUGCGGCCCGUCCUAGCUAUGGACGUCAGUACAGUAACUCGAACCGUUUCUUUGGUGAGAGUCGUGUUACUCCUCGCGGAACUCCAAGAGGUACUCCAUCGGCGAGUCGCCGCCAAAGUGCCGCGAAUGUCCACAAACACCAGUAA